GUCACACUCACACCAAAUAAUACCUACAAAAAAAAAAAGAAAAAAUCGUCAAUCAUCUGACUGAGCUUGGCGGGCAUUACUUGUAAUUGUAUAACUCUCCACAUACUCGUAACGAUUCAAGUCCCUUUUGUGUCUUUUAAUGAUCUUUCUCCCCUGAACCUUUGAAUUCUCUCUCUUGGAUUCUCUGGAGCUACUCAAGACUUAAGAACAGCUCUGCCAUCUCAUUUCUACUGUUGCAAAAAGAGGAGGAUGAGUACAGAUCUUUUCAGCGAGGAUGAUGUUGAGGAGAAUCCAUCUUCUUCUGCAUCAUCGUCGAGAAUGGAGCUAAAGCGGAUUCAUCAGUGGCUGACACAAGAAGACUCCUCCGGUUCAGAGCUUUUUAGUAAUAAUAAGAGACAAGUGGUUGAGAUUGAUGGUGGUUCCCGACUUGCUUGGGACGAUACACUUGUCCCUAAUUGCUUAUUUGAUCCUGCUACAUCACAUCUCCUCGGUAGAUAUAUCUCUCCUCUGGGCCACCAGGAGGAGGUUCUUCAUGGUACUAGCUCGUUUAAUCUUGACACCAUCAGAAAGGUUACAGUCAAUAAUCAUCAAGCGUGUGAAUCUCAAAACAUGCUACCUGAUGAAUCCAUGGUUCAGUUUUAUGGUGAGGGAGUUUCAAGAUCAUAUGAAACGGUUCCUUCUUAUGAAGCUAACACGCUCUCCCUUGGCCAAACCUUCAGUACUAUUGACAAGAGCUUCAUCUCGCCAGAGCCAUUCGCUAGCAAUCCGGAUGGAAACUUCAUUCCAAACUUGAGCUAUUAUGACAAAGGAGAUGAAAACGUCUUCUCAACGUUUCAUCCAUUUGACAAAGGAGUAGGAAACUUUGCUCAGUCUCUUCAAAAGUCUGCUGAUGAGAACAUCUUCAUGUCUCUUCUCCCCUGUCACAAAGAUAAUGUCAAUGUUGUGUUGUCAGGGAGACAGUCACCAUUCUCCCAAGGCGGUGAGAUGGCGGCAUUUACGGUUCCUAGCCAAGAAAAAGCAGACAAGAACAGUGAUCAUCGAACUACUAGUCAAGAGGAUACAACCAUAUCGCCAGUUCCUGUUGUUAACAGUUUUGAGAACUUCUUCAGCCAUUCUCCUGCAGAUGACAACAUGUCUUUUCAACCUAGAUAUCCCUCUUACGCUAGCUCUGCAUUGCUCGUCCACAAAUCUAAAGAUUCAAAGACAGCUAAGAAGGGUUCUACUACUUCUUCCACAAACACAUUUCCUUCAAAUGUUAAGUCCUUGUUGUCAACAGGAAUGUUUGAUGGAGUUACCGUCAAGUACUACUCCUGGUCACGUGAGAAAAAUCUCAAAGGAGUUAUAAAGGGGACUGGGUAUCUAUGUGGUUGCAGCGACUGUAACCUUAAUAAAGUUCUUAAUGCGUAUGAGUUUGAGCAGCAUGCUAAUUGCAAGACAAAGCACCCAAACAAUCACAUAUACUUUGAGAAUGGUAAGACCAUUUAUGGCGUGGUUCAAGAGCUCAAGAAUACACCUCAGGAGAAGCUGUUCGAUGCUAUUCAAAACGUAACGGGAUCUGAUAUCAACUAUAAAAAUUUCAACACCUGGAAAGCAUCGUAUCAAGUCGCUAGCCUUGAACUUCAACGUAUCUAUGGUAAGGAUGCUGCUACUUUGGCAUCUUGAGAAGGGACGAGUUAUUCAACUGGGAUGCUUGUUUUUUCUUUUGUUGCAAGUGACUUGUGAAUUCUGUUCUUGUUCUAUGUAAACUAUAAGCUUUUAACAUAUAUAUAUAUAUAUAUAUAUAUAUAUAUAUAUAUGUCAGAACCUUUGAACUGCUAUGAUGUCUUGUCUGGUGAGAGUCUAGUUGUAAUUUAAACUUCUGCUAGCACUCCAAUAUUUUAAGAUUGCAGAUUCGCUU